CAACUUUUUGAACUCUUCGCGUUGGAGGGGAGAGGGAGCGAAAGACGAGCGCUUGAUGGGACGCAGCACCGGCAGCACCAGCAGGCUCAUCUGGAGACAGCAUCCUGACUUUCAAGCGGAGAUAAUCCUCCUCCUCGGGCCAUGACAGGGAAACUCCUGAGGCUUCUGACCCCGUUGGCUCUGCUGCUCCUCGUAGGGUUCGCAGACCUCAGCCUCGCCUCUGUUGACGAGGAUGAGGAUUACUACAUGCAGGAGAUGCUCACAAGGGAACGGUACAAUCGGGCUAGAGUGCCGGAGAAGCCCAAUUCCUCGACAGCUGAUACGCAGGAAGAGGCGAAACAGAACCCUGCAAGGAAAAUGCCUAGAGGGGAGGUGGGAAAUGACAAGAAGACAGAUAAAAUCACAGAUCCUACAAGAUCAGUCAAAGCACCCAACAGAAAAACGGUGAAGAACAAGAAGAGCACCCUGAAAGAAUCCAAUAGCAUUUCAGAAGGAGUCCAAGAUUUCAAGUCGAUGACAGAGGAAUGCCCUCCCAUGGGACUGGAAACGCUGAAGAUUGAUGAUUUCCAGCUUCACGCUUCAUCUACGAAACGCUAUGGUCUUGGUGCCCACAGAGGUCGUCUUAACAUUCAGGCUGGCCUUUAUGAAGAUGACCUGUACGAUGGGGCCUGGUGUGCAGGCAGAGAUGACCCCCUUCAGUGGUUGGAGGUGGAUGCCAGGAGGCUGACGAAGUUCACAGGGGUCGUCACCCAAGGCAGGAGCUCCCUCUGGUCAAGCGACUGGGUGACCUCCUACAAGGUCAUGGUUAGCAACGACAGCCACACCUGGAUAACCCUUAAAAAUGGCUCUGCGGACUUGAUAUUCAGCGGCAACAGAGAAAAAGAAAUCCCCGUCCGGAACAUCUUUCCAUCACCUGUGGUGGCCCGGUACAUUCGAGUCAACCCCCGCUCGUGGUUUUACGGCGGCAGUGUCUGUAUGAGAGCGGAGAUCCUUGGCUGUCCUCUGCCAGAUCCUAACAAUUACUAUCACAGACGCAAUGAAGUCAUAACAACGGAUGACUUGGACUUCAGGCACCACAGCUACAAAGAGAUGAGGCAGCUAAUGAAGGUGGUUAAUGAAAUGUGCCCCAACAUCACCCGGAUCUAUAACAUAGGAAAGUCCCAAAGCGGCCUCAAACUGUAUGCCAUUGAGAUCUCUGACAACCCUGGCGAACAUGAAGUCGGAGAACCGGAGUUUCGUUACACGGCAGGAUCACACGGAAACGAGGUGCUGGGGCGAGAGCUCCUCCUCCUGCUCAUGCAGUUCAUGUGUCUGGAGUAUCUAUCUGGCAACCAGCGGAUCCGUCACCUGGUGGAGGAGACCAGAAUCCACUUAUUGCCAUCAGUCAACCCCGAUGGGUACGACAAAGCCUUUGAAGCGGGCUCAGAGCUCAGCGGCUGGUCUCUUGGUCGAUGGACUAAUGAUGGCAUUGAUAUUCACCACAACUUUCCUGACCUCAACUCCAUUCUCUGGGAGGCGGAGGCAAAAAAGUGGAUUCCUCGCAAAAUGCUCAACCACCACAUCCCCACCCCAGAGUGGUACCUGUCCAAGAACGCCUCAGUUGCCUUGGAGACGCGAGCCCUGAUAGCAUGGAUGGAGAAAAUGCCCUUUGUGCUGGGUGGGAACCUCCAGGGAGGCGAGCUGGUGGUGACCUUCCCAUAUGACAGAACCCGCUCCCAGGGGGUGACCAGGGAGCAGACCCCCACCCCCGACGAACACGUCUUCCGGUGGCUGGCCUUCUCCUACGCCUCCACCCACCGCCUGAUGACUGAUGCCAGCCGACGGGUCUGUCACACAGAAGACUUCGCCAAGGAGGACGGAACCAUCAACGGGGCGUCUUGGCACACUGCGGCCGGCAGUAUGAAUGAUUUCAGCUACCUGCACACCAACUGCUUUGAGCUGUCGAUGUAUGUAGGUUGUGACAAAUUCCCCCAUGAAAGCGAGCUGCCUGAGGAGUGGGAGAACAAUCGAGAGUCUCUCCUUGUUUUCAUGGAGCAGGUGCAUCGUGGUAUCAAAGGUGUAGUCAGGGACCUACAAGGGCGAGGAAUAGCCAACGCCAUCAUCUCUGUAGAGGGCAUUGGUCAUGAUGUUCGCACAGCUGCUGAUGGUGAUUACUGGCGCCUAUUGAACCCUGGAGAGUACAGGGUAACAGCCAAAGCUGAGGGCUACAGCCUCGUCACUAAGAAGUGCGAGGUGGGCUAUGCGAUGGGGGCCAGCAGGUGCGACUUCACCAUUGGCCGAAGUAACUUGUUCCGAAUCAGAGAAAUAAUGGAAAAAUACAAAAAGCAGCCAAUCGGGUUGCCAGCGAGGCAGUUUCAGGCCCACAGGCCCAGAGAGAGACGUCUGGGAACAUAAUGACUUCAUGAGGAAGCCAGGCGAGGAAUUAAAAGAAAACAUCUGCUCUGAUGAGACUGGGGUUGGAGUCCUGGUCCAGGUUUGGACAUUUGUCAGGUUCUUCAGAAUGGUGUUGGAGUGAAUGAAUUUAAAUGUGGACAGUAUUUGUUCCUUGUGUUCUCAAUAGACAUAUCAUUCUCAUAGCUGAGGUUAAUAUCCAUGCCGUCAAAGCCGAAGUUUAUUUCAUGUCUCGCAGCAGUAUAAAGAUUUCUACCCCCAUUGUUGUGACAGAACCUAAAAAGUUAAGCUAUUUUUUCUGAAUGAAAGGGAAAUAUGAAUGACCAAUACAAAGCCUGUAUGAAAUUGCAACUAUGUACAUACAGGUGCAGUGCAAUAAAUUUGAAUAUCACGCAGUGAUGUAUUUCAAGUUAUUAUUUCUGUUAAUUUUGACAGUUACCGCUUAAAGCUAAUAAAUGUAGUUAUGCAAGAUGCGUGUCCACCUUUUUUUUUUUUUACCAUACUUUUCCCUUCUAUAUUAAAAAUCAUUCUGUUAGUUUAUUUAAAACUAUUUUUUUGCUUAGAAACUGAAUUUUUAAAAUUUUAAUUGAAAACUUGAAAUCACUUUGUGUGUAAUGAACCUACAGAAAAUAUCAAUAGAAUUACUUAAACGAACAUGUCAUUAAUUUUUACGAUCUUCUAAUUUAUUGACUUGCACCUGUACCUAACUUAUGUAACACGGUAGUAUGUAAAUCAUCCUAAAAGUUUUAUUAUCUGCACUUUGGUAUGAUUUUUUUUUUUAUUCAAUUUGCUUUUUAGUUGUUGUUUUUUUUAAUAAACCUUUGCACAAGUGAAA